AUGGCCCAUUCCCCCUCUUCCUCGUCCGUCGACGAUGCCGCCGAAAAUACUGCAGAUGAAGAGGAUUCUGAAGAUUACUGCAAAGGUGGCUACCACCCCGUACAAGUCGGAGAGAAGUUCAAGGAUGGAAAAUAUACCGUGGUUCGCAAGCUAGGAUGGGGUCAUUUCUCAACCGUCUGGCUGUCCCGCGACAACACCAACGGCAAGCAUGUCGCCCUCAAGGUUGUCCGUUCCGCCGCCCACUACACCGAGACCGCCAUCGAUGAGAUUAAGCUUCUCAACAAGAUUGUUCAAGCCAAGCCCGAUCACCCUGGUCGCAAGCACGUUGUGAGUCUUUUGGACUCGUUCGAGCACAAGGGACCCCACGGCACCCACGUCUGUAUGGUUUUCGAGGUGCUGGGAGAGAAUUUGCUUGGGCUCAUCAAGCGCUGGAAUCACCGUGGCAUUCCCAUGCCUCUUGUCAAACAAAUUACAAAGCAAGUUCUACUAGGCCUCGACUACCUCCAUCGCGAAUGCGGUAUCAUUCACACCGACCUCAAACCAGAAAAUGUCCUUAUCGAGAUUGGGGAUGUUGAACAGAUCGUUAAGCGCGUCGUCAAACCUGAAUCUGCCGAAAAGGAGAACAACCGCAAUGGACGUCGGCGCAGAAGGACUCUCAUUACUGGCAGUCAACCAUUGCCAUCUCCCCUCAACACCAGCUUCAACCAGUCCAACCUUUUCCCCUCACCGAACACCCACUCUAGUCUUGCUGGUGUCCUGAACGAAGGUAAGCAAGCCAUUGAUCAUCUCGUAUAUAGUUCAGCAAUGACUAAUGUGAUCUUGUCAGUAGGCAAGUCAUCAAAGGAGGCAUCUCCUAAACCAUCUGACGAUGCCCAAAAGCAACGAGAAAAGUCUGCUCGGGAAGUCUCAGGUAUCUCUCUAGACAAGUCAAACUCUCCCUCUGCUUCAACAGGCGAAAAGCGCAAGGCAGAAGAUGCGCACGCUUUCGAUGUUAUUAGCGUCAAGAUUGCAGACCUGGGCAAUGCCUGCUGGGUCAACCACCACUUUACCAACGACAUCCAGACAAGACAAUAUAGAUCACCUGAGGUUAUUUUGGGUUCCAAAUGGGGUGCCAGCACUGAUGUAUGGAGUAUGGCAGCUAUGGUGUUUGAGUUAAUCACCGGAGAUUAUUUGUUUGAUCCUCAGUCAGGUACCAAGUAUGGUAAGGACGAUGACCACAUUGCUCAAAUCAUCGAACUACUUGGGCCAUUCCCCAAAUCUCUAUGUCUCAGUGGCAAGUGGAGUCAGGAGAUCUUCAACCGAAAGGGAGAAUUGCGAAACAUCCACCGACUGCGGCAUUGGGCUCUACCGGAUGUGCUACGCGAGAAGUAUCACUUUAAGGAAGACGAGGCAAAGCGUAUUGCAGACUUCCUCACCCCAAUGUUGGAGUUAGUACCUGAGAAGCGAGCCAAUGCUGGCGGAAUGGCAGGUCACGUCUGGUUGGAGGAUACACCUGGCAUGAAGGGGCUGAAGAUUGAGGGCCUGGAAGUCGGUGGCCGCGGUGAAGGCAUCGACGGCUGGGCGACGGAAGUAAGGAAGAGAUAA